AUGGUGAAGUAUUGGAUCACCGAUUGCAUACUGGCACCAUGUCGCUUCUCCACACUUAUCAACUGUCCCGAGGCAACGCCGGAGGCCCUGGCCUCCCUUAAAAGCUUGAACUAUGGUGGAGGUUCCAUUUCUCUGGCCACUUUGCAGAGAACCCAAGAGCGCUACAAGCACGUCCGGAUUGAUACCGGCUAUGUUAUGUCGGAAUCGGGACCCAUAACUUUUAAUCUGACUAACAAGAAUAUCUCCUCGGCGGGCAGUCCUGCACCGGGUACAAAGGUACGCAUCGUGAACGAAGAUGGAAAAAAUCUGACUUUUAAUGAGGUCGGGGAGAUCCUUGCAUACACGGGUCGACCUUGGAAAGGAUAUUAUGGCAACCCCGAGGAGACGCAUCGCAUCCAAGACGCCGAGGGCUGGUUCCACACCGGCGACCUAGGCUACUUCAAUGAGGAAAACAAUCUCUACUUGGUUGACCGUAUAAGAGAGGCCCUCAAGUAUCAGGGACUCCAGUACACACCCGGCGAGAUCGAGGAUGUUAUUAUGGAGCUGCUCCAGGUUCAGGAUGUGUGUGUUGUGGGUGUCUAUAAUGAGCGGGCGGGUGAUGAAGCCGGUGCCUUGGUGGUGGUGAAUGAAGGAUCAUUUAUUUCAGAGAAGGAGAUAGUGGAUCAUGUGGCCAAGCGGAUAUCCGCCGUGCAGAAGCAGCUGCGGCUGGGAGUUCAGUUUACGGAAAAACUGCCAGUGAAUGUCAAUGGCAAGAAGAUACGGAUUGCAGCACGCGAGGAAUUUCUUAAGAAGAAGGCAGAGGCUAAGUAA